UCUCAUCGCCAACCAUCCAUUGUCGCAGCAGCUCUCAUCAUCUGCCAGCUCACGUGGUCGCACUACACCCGCCAACCGGUUUCCAACCAUUCUUUCAACGAAUACCCGCCUCAUUGUGAUCGCGACCCACGCGGCUGGAAAUCCAUCAUGACGGUCGAUUCGCAACCACACGUCAUGGGCGUCACCCAUCCUACGCUAGUCCAAGCACUCGAAACCUCCAGAGCAGCUCGUGAACAGGCGCAAGGCAUAGUAAAGCUCGUUGCCGAAGCCCAGACCGCAAUCGCCGACGGCACCGGCACCAAAGCAGACUUCAAGCUCCCUAUACAAAAGGCAAAGAAACCUCUCUGGACCAACCUCGCCGUUCUUCGCGGACAACAUCGUCGCGCUCACUUCAAGGCGCGCGAGACAAAGGCCUUGACGGCAGAAGCAAGACAGGAGGUAGAUUCUCUUCACCUGUCACUACAGAAUCUACAUUAUGAAGAGCGUCAUUUGGAGCUGGAAAUUGCGGCUUGCGAGGGGUUCGAACAUACCUACCAACUCCUCCCGCUGAUUCCCGUCGAAGAGUUUCUCGCCCUGCACCCUGAACACGCCGAGUCGGAUGAGAACACUUUGAUGGUCGCCCGCAUCAACCACGAGCGCACCGAGCGCGAAGCCCUCGAGCAGCAACGGCUCGAGUUGCAAAAGCAAAAGACCAAGCUGACGACGGAAAACAAGAAACGUAGAGAGGAUCUUGCGAACCUGGAUCAGAAGAUGGAGAAAUUCAUUGAUGCAAGGCCGCGAAACCGAUUCAGAAAAUGCUCGAGCAAGAUGUCUAGGGGUGGCAAACUUGACAGUGAGCUAUCAGCUGCGCGAAAAACGAGAAGCGAAAGAAAAUGGGCUAAAUAUCUGAAAAAGAGAGCUGAGAAGAAAGCUGAAAAGAGAGAGCCGAGAAGAGAGCCGAGAAGAGAGCCGAGGAGAGAGCCGAGGAGAGACCUGGGAAGAGAACUGAGGAGAGGGCGAAUGAUGCCGGGCCUUGAGUCAACGAGAGACGAUGUACGCUCUCCGGCAAUCUUAGUACUUCUUUCAAGGGGCAAUUGGUUUCUUGUUGUCAAAGGGCGUUCAGGUCAGCAUUCUUUUCUUCCUCAAUCCCCAAGCACUCACAAUGGGACUGUGACGGCUGAAACUUGUGGUUCAGGAGAUACAUAG